UCUCUAGACGCUCGUGUAGUGGUUGUCAUCGUCACGAGGGCGUCCGUCAAUUAUCAUUGUAAAAGUUUUCGUCGAAACCUGGAUAGAUCCAUUCGAAUUUCCACCACGUCAAGUCUGAAGUGUUAUAGCCAUCCAUCAUUGAUCGGUACGUUCCAAAAAUAUCGAUACCAAGCGACCGACAUCACUAUCAGAUAACAUGUAUUCUAAUAAAAGUACACCCAGCAUCAUGGUUUUCAAACCAACAUGGAGUGAAUUCAAAAAUUUUAGUAGCUACAUUGAACUGAUGGAGUCGCAAGGAGCUCAUAAGGCUGGUGUGGUAAAAGUUAUCCCACCACCUGAAUGGAAACCAAGAAAAAAGAGUUAUGAUGAAGAUGAUAUUAUGAGUUUGAAAAUUACAACUCCAGUAUGCCAAAUUGUACAAGGUAAACAAGGACGGUAUCAACAAAUUAAUAUAGUAAAGGAACCUAUGACAGUAGCACAGUACAAAAAAAUAGCUGAGUCGGAUGCAUACAAGACACCUCUGCAUUUUGGUUAUAAGGAUCUGGAAAGAAAAUACUGGGAUAUUAUGACUUACACAUGUCCAAUAUAUGGUGUAGAUGUAUCUGGAUCUAUUACCGAUAAAGAUGUUGAUGUUUGGAAUAUUAACAAACUGGGUACAAUAUUGGAUUCUGUAAAUGAAGAUUAUGGUAUUAGUAUUGAAGGUGUCAAUACAUCUUAUCUCUAUUUUGGUAUGUGGAAAACAUCCUUAGCAUGGCACACUGAAGACAUGGAUUUAUAUAGUAUACACUAUAUACACGAAGGAUAUCCAAAGACAUGGUAUGUGAUACCUCCUGAACAUGGUCACUGCCUAGAAAGAUUGGCUAGUAAAUUAUUUCCAACCUGUGCUUCGAAGUGCCCAGUAUUUCUUAGACAUAAAAUGACUAUUAUAGCUCCUUAUAUGUUAAAAGAAUAUUCUAUACCAUUUAAUAAAAUAACACAAGAGCAAGGUGAAUUUAUGAUAACUUUCCCUUUUGGAUACCAUUCUGGUUUUAAUCAUGGAUUUAAUAUUACUGAAUCAACUAACUUUGCAUCAGCACGUUGGAUGGAGUAUGGGAAAAGAUCUUCACAGUGUCUUUGCAAACAAGAUUCAGUAAAGAUCAGUACAUAUGUUAAACCUGAAAACAAUCCAGAUAUUCCAAAAUGUUAUAAUGCAGCUGGUAGAAAAUAUUAUGCUGUAACACAGAACCUUUCAGAUUCUGAAUUGUCACAUGAAAAUAAAGCUAAAGAUGUACCUUCAUCAACAAGUGUACAGUGGUUAGAUGAAAAAGAUGAAGUUAAUGAAAAACUCAGUGAUGAACAGAGAGAAUUAAUGGAAGAUAUAGAAAUAUGUCUAAAUGAUAAUGAAGAAGAAAAUGUAAUUGAUGAUAUACAAAAUAAUAUAACUGUAAAAGUUUGGGCUAGACACUUGCAACAUAAUAGGAUCACUGAAUGUCGAAUUGUAAAAAUUGAUAAAACUCCUUUAGGUAUUGUGAAAUUCAGUGAUGGUACAAUGUCGGACAGUAUUACACUAAAAGAAAUUAAGAACUAUGAAAAUGAUCUUCCAGCUAUUAACAAAGAAAUACAUUUAGAAUCUGGUGACAAAGCUUUAUUCCUGGGGUUGAAUUAUCAGUCCAUAUACACAGUUGAAUAUAAUGAUGGCACAUCUGGUUGUCUACGUGCUCGUGAUAUAUUCAGUGUCAAUGCCCAAACAAUGAACCGUUUAAAACUGAAAGCCAAGCGUGGGUUAGCUAAAUAUCAAAAAGAAAAGAAACAUGUUUAUGAUGUAAUAUUUUAAAAUGUAUAAAAAUCUUUAUUGUUAAUAUUUUAAUUUGUGUAAUGAAUGUAUUUUAACAUUUAUACUAAUUUUUUGGGUUCGUUCAAUAAAUUUUUUAUAUAUUAAAA